GUGUGAUGAUGGGGGAUUGCCAUGCCAGGAUGGUGUAUGUAUUCCACGAAACCGUGUGUGUGAUGGCUUAGAAGACUGUGUAAAUGGGACUGACGAGAUCAGUUGCACUUGUGCUCGUUUGUUGUGGCGGGAUAGCCCUGGAAAACUGUGUGAUGGUAACAUCGACUGUGAUGAUCAGGAAGACGAAUCGGUAUGCGGUUGUACUCCCAUGACCGAGUUCUUCAGAUGUUACAAGUCCACUGCUCAAAGUUGUAUCCCUCGUGUCAGUGUCUGUGAUGGCAUCAAAGAUUGCUCAGAAGGCGAGGAUGAAGCUGCCUGUGUAGCGCUUGCACCUGAAAUACCAGUCGACGAGGAUGCUCUAGGGUUGCUCCCAGUCCGUAUGGAAGGCUUCUUUCUGGUUCGAGUGCGAGGACGAUGGUUUACCUUCCAGCUUGAAAAGUGGAACAUAAAUGCAUCGCCCUUACUGUGCGCCAAGCUGGGGUUUCGUCACGAGGCAACAGAAAGCCGAGACUAUGAAAAUGUUCUGCAAGGAGUUGUGUAUAUCAUUUGUUCAGUUGAGGAAAUUUAAUAAUCAAGGCAGCUAAUCAUCUAGGUAUUCUUGAAGCAGGGAUUGAAAUAACACCUAUAUUUCUUUGUCAAGUUAUCAAAGAAAAAAGUUUAUUAGUGCUUAAAGGUGUUCAGAUAUUAAGAGAAAUCACUGUCUAAUAUGAUUACUGUUUAUAUCAGUCCAGUUGUGCAGCCAUACAUACCAACUUAUAUUUAAAUAAAUUUUUAUGAAAUCG